GGUCUCUGAAGCUCUCUGCGGUCGGAAGGUCUGCAGGUCUGCAGGUCUGAAGGUUGUGCACUGUGGAGGUUAUUAAACUCUUCUGGAUCUGUCAGUCGCAGGGACACAGGAGGAACUAGUCUCUACAUUUCUUUUGCAGACUAACCUGCAGGACCAGGUUUUUACCCUGACAUGACGUCACCUGCACAUGCUGCGUCAGGUGAAGUCUGUGCAGCGUCUCCCUCCUCCCCACAGACGGAUGGAGGGAUGAGGAUCGUGCUGCUGGGGAAGACCGGGUCAGGCAGGAGCUCUUCAGGUAACACCAUCCUGGGCAGGUCCGCCUUCUGGGUGGAUGUCUCGCCCUGUUCUGCCACCAAACACUGCCAGAGGAUGAGCGGGACAGUCGAGGGACGGAGGGUCUCUGUGGUGGACUCUCCAGGAUUCUUUCACACUCAGCUGACUCGUCAGGAAGUCCUGACAGAGGUGGGACGCUCUGUGGUCCUGUCCUCUCCUGGACCGCAUGUCUUCUUGGUGACGGUGCGGCUCGGCAGGUUCACCCAGGAGGAGAGAGACGCCUUAGAGUGGGUCAGAGCUACGUUUGGACCUGGAUUCUGCAGGUUCACCAUGGUGCUGUUCACCUGGGGGGACCAGCUACGAGGGAAACCGGUCCAGGACUUCUUUGAGGCGAGCGACGAACUGUCCGAGUUCAUCAGCUGCUGCAGAGGACGGUAUCACGUCUUUGAUAACAGUGAACAGAAGGCGAGCACAGAGCAGGUCUCACAGCUGAUGGAGAAGAUGGAGGAGGUGGUGGCGAGCAAUGGAGGCGGUUGCUACAGCAACGAGAUGCUGAAGGAGGCGGAGACAGCCAUCAAAGACGUACAACAGAGGAUUCUGGGAGAAAAGGGACCCACGCUGGAGUCUGAGCCGAGAGAGAAAGAAGGAUCAGAGUCAGAGAGGAAGAGGGAGGAGGAGGAGACAAGGAGGGAGGAAGAGGAGGCGAGGAAACGAGCAGAGAGGCUCUUCUGGUCUGAGCUGGUGACGGCGAUGGGUAAAGGUGCUGCAGAGGGGGCGGGGCUUAUGGGGAAGGACAAGGGGAAGGGGAAAGCGGUGACGAAGGUGAAGGUGAUGGAGAAGGCUGCGGCUCUGGCGGCGUCACCGCUCUCCGUCACCUCGGCGGCAAAGGCGGUGAGCGGAGCCGUGAGGGAGGGGAGCAAAGUCCUGUUUAAACACCGCAAGACCUUCCUGCACUGAGGGACACCGAGUCCAACGUUCCCUGUCCCCAAUGUGUGUUUAACAUCUAUACAACUACAUGUGUGUGUGUGUGUGUGUGUGUGUGUGUGUGUGUGUGUUUGUGUAGCAGUGUAAACAUCCUGGUGUGCUGCAGACAUGAGGAUGAGGAACAAAGAGCCACACCUUCCUCGUGUUGUAAAGUGUGGAGCAGGUCGUCUCUGAUCAUGGAAGUCAUGGACACACAAACACACUUUCAGUCAGAGACUCGAGACACACUGAAGGUUUAUCAAAUAAAAACUUCAAACAUUCA